AUGUGCUGCAGCACUGAACACAGAAAAUGUGAAAGCGUUGAAACCAUUGAACUAAAAGCAGAAAAAGUCAGAGGCAGUGGAUUAGUAGGGGACUUAUUAAGUGACAUCAAGGAAUUUGAACAAAAACUUUCCGAGACAAAAUGCAGAGAAGAAAAAAAUAUCACAGAAAUAGAAGAUGAGGCAGAUGCUAUAACAGGCGAGGUACAACGUGUGAAACAGAGAAUUAUUCAGAAUCUUGAAAAACUAGAAAAUGAGUUUUUAGACAAAAUUUCCACACAAAUAAAACAGUGCAAAGAAAAACUGACAAAAAAUAUUCAAGCAAUUGGUGAUAGAAUUCACUUAAUGGAACUAUGUCGUAAAGAUAUAGAGACUGCUACAAGUUUACAGGAUGUCAGUUUUCUAAUGGAAUUCCUCAAAACCAAGAAAACAUUGGACUACAUCAAGAAUAAACAAGUAGAGAAAAUUGAGUUCAAAUUGCAAUCCAAUUUAGAACUUGAUUUUAAAGCAGUUGCAAAUCUUUCGAAAAUUGGAAACACUGAAAUUGUUGAAGAAAGGGAAAGUUUAUUACACAUGUUGGAUGUUAAAAAACUACAACCUGCGUUAUAUCAAGAGUGGCAAUUACCAGGUAGCAGCAUUUGUAGUGCGGCGUUUCUUUCUAACACUGAUGUGAUAUUCCCUGACUGGAACACAAAUACAGUAAAGAGAUACUCUGCCAAAAAAGACAAUUGGAAUUUUCAAAAUGAGAUUACGCUUGGUCACAGAACCUUUGAUAUAAAGCGAAAUGGGAAUUUUUAUUUUGCAUCAUGCUUUGCAAGUAAAUUGAUAAUGGUUCUCUCAGCUGAGGAAUUUCAGAUGCAGCGUACAAUCAAUGUUGGUAGUCCUUGUUAUGGGAUAUCUUUUUGGAAACAUUUCCUAUAUAUAGCAUGUAAUACAUCAAUUAUUAAAAUGGAUACAGAGGGUAUUGAGCUGCGAACUUUUUCCACGUCUAAAGGUGUUUACUAUGUUGCUGUCACAAAGACGGAACAUAUUGUUUUCAGUACUUGUAUGGGAAAACACUCAGUGACUGCCAUGUCAGACGAAGGUGACCCUGUCUGGACAUAUAGUCACGAGAAGCUAAGACAUCCGUAUGGUCUUCACAUUGACUGUGAUGAUAUUAUCUAUGUGGCAGGGACACAUAGUAACAAUGUUCAUAUAUUAACCAAUGAUGGGUGUCUGAUACGUAUUAUUGAAGAUAUGCCGAGUCCUGUAUUUUUCUUAUUAAACAGGGAUAGAAAUAUUUGUUGCAUGGGGUCAAAAUUGGGAAACACUAGCAUUAAGAUGUAUGCCGUUAAAUUUUGA